UACCCGAGAUCUUUUAUGGACAGUGAUGGGGAUGGUAUUGGAGACCUAAAAGGUAUUACUUCAAAAUUGGAAUAUUUAAAAGAGUUAGGUGUAGGAGCGACUUGGUUAUCUCCAAUGUUUAAGUCACCCAUGUACGACUUUGGAUAUGACAUUUCUGAUUUUUAUGAUGUUCAUGAUGAGUACGGAACUAUGGAAGAUUUCGACAACUUAAUUGCCAAAGCAAAGGAAUUAGAUAUAAAAGUUGUACUAGAUUUUGUACCAAACCACUCAAGUAAUGAAAGCGUAUGGUUCGAAGAAGCUCUAAGAGGUCAUGAAAAGUAUUACGAUUACUUUAUUUGGGAGGAUGGUGUUGUAGAUGAAAAUGGAGAACUACGCCCACCAAAUAAUUGGAAUAGUGUUUUCCGUAAAAGCGCUUGGGAGUACAGAGAAGAAGUUGGAAAGUAUUAUUUACAUCAGUUUGUCAUUGGCCAACCUGAUCUAAAUUUCCGCAAUCCAGAUGUAGUUGAGGAGAUGAAGAAUGUAUUGAGAUUUUGGUUGGACAAAGGUGUUGCCGGUUUCCGAGUAGAUGCUAUAGCACAUUUGUUUGAAGUGGAUAAAGAAAAUUUCGGUGGGAAAUUACCCGAUGAACCAUUGUCUGGCUCGACUGACGAUCCACUAAGCUAUGACUAUUUGAAUCACAUUUAUACAAAAGAUCAGGAAGAAACAUAUGAUAUGGUGUAUCAAUGGCGGGAAGUUUUUGACGAGUUUAGCAAAAAAGAUGGAUUAGCACGAGUAAUGAUGACCGAAAUAUACGCAAGCCCACAGAUCACUAUGAAAUAUUUCGGUGACGGUGAACGUGAAGGAGCUCAAAUGCCUUUUAAUUUUGUACUUAUAUCUGAUAUAAAUAAAGAUUCGUCAGCUGCUGAAGUUAAGUACGCCCUAGACAAAUUCUUAACUUUCAAACCAAUCGAUAAACUUGCUAAUUGGGUGGCUGGUAAUCAUGAUAAUAAUCGGGUAGCUACAAGAUUUGGUCCGAAAUUAGUGGAUGGAAUAAAUAUGAUUCUGCUACUGAUGCCAGGAAUUGCUGUUACUUAUAUGGGUGAGGAAAUCGGAAUGGAAGAUGGUUACGUAAGCUGGGAAGAUACAGUUGAUCCAAGUGGCUGUAACACGGAUGAUCCUAUUAAUUAUGUACAAUCCUCUCGCGAUCCAGAACGAACUCCAUUCCAGUGGAGCUCUGAAAAAAAUGCCGGUUUCUCCGUGGCUGACAAAACCUGGCUGCCAGUGGCAGAUGGUUAUGAAACAUUAAAUGUUGAAGUUCAGCGUAAUUCCGAAAUAUCUCAUUUAAAUGUUUAUAAGACUUUGGCGAAACUGCGCGCUGAAUCAGCUUUCAGAUACGGGAGAUACGAAUCAGUUGCGUACAAUUCAGACAUAUUUGCUUUCAAAAGAUGGCAUGAAGACGAAACAUACAUUGUCGUGAUCAAUUUUAGAGACGAUUGUUACACCGUUGACCUCACUUAUUUCGAAAAUGUAGUUGGAGAUCUGGAAGUUGUCGUACACAACAUUCAGUCGCCAAAGAAUGUUGGACAAUUACUCGAGGCGGACAAAGUCGACAUAGCUGGAAGCGAAUCCUUAGUACUUAAAGUCACACAAUAAAUUAUUUAUUUAAUGUUAUAAACAGCAAUAAAAUAGAAGAAUUAAAA